AUGAAGUUGCAGCUCUUUCCUUUGGAUGUUCAUACACGUCAAGGACUAGAAAAGGAUGGCUUUCACCUAUAUUUGGAACUCACUCUUAGCUCACGGAAGAAGGUUUCUUCAGUGCUUCAACACAUCCACAUAGUAAGUGGGGCAGCUCACAGAUCGCUCGAGGAGAUCCCACCGUGUACGGAAAUGAUCAAUCAAGACUCCCUUCUGAUCCUAAAUGGGCAGCAAAGAGCAGCAUUAUGA